GUUUUUCAAUAAAUACUGUUUUGAAUGAAACUUCAAUUUAUUGUUGAUUGGAUUUAUUUAUUGUUUAUUAGAUUUAAUUGAUUUAUGAAUGAAAGAAGCGAUUGAAUUGAUUGUUGUCUUCAAACACAUCCAAAUCAGAAGACAUUUGUUUCGCUUAAAUGCAAUCAAUUUGGAUGAAAAUGAGUGGACGAGUGGUCAACGAAAACAAAUGAAAGUGACCUCACAUUUGGUUCAAACCAUUUGUUUUGACAAAAAGCUCACCGAUUGUCUCGAUUACCGGCGAAGAGUAUUCAAUACAAUCAACACUUCGGUGAAAGCGAAGCACCGAAACACUCAUUCCAGUGAUGGACACAACUAUUCGGACAAAUGUGAUGAACCAUUGGAUGACCAAACAUGUCAUUUGAUCCGUAUAUUAGUUGUGUUGCCAUCGAUGGACCACUACUUAUACAUUGACAGCAAUUGGAGUGGAUGUGUUCUGAAUUUGGUUACGAUUAGGAUGAGAGUGGAGGAGAGCUUCUCAUGGCUGUCCACAUUAGGCGGUGCCUACUCUUCACUCGGAGAAAAUAAUAUCCAUUUCGCUAUAAAAGCGGGACAGAUAUCGCGAUCGCAACUACUAUUGGCCAGUAUUACGGGUGACCCGAAUCUGAUGGCCAAAUGUGGUAUAUUUAUGGCAUACAGUCUCUGCCAACAGGACAGGAAAAGAGCGGCCAUUCAACUGAUCCGACGAACACUCCAUCCAUUCAUCAAUAGAAUAGAGUUUUGCGACCAAAUCGUUAAAUCAAUGUUUUGUGCACUUUGUUAUCGAAUCAAACAUUUCAUUAAAUAAUUAACAAUCAGUUAUUUGUUUUAAAAGAUAUAUAAAU